UAUUUCCAAAAAAAACACUUAAAAAAAUACAGCUUAGCUAAGAAACUCUAGAGUGUGCGAGUACUACUGUAGCAAUGGAGGUGGUGGGAAGGAGGAGCUUCGGUUGGCCGACAAUGGCGGUGUUGCUAACAUGCGCCUUGUUGGUGAUGGUACCUGAAGUCUACUCGGUUCGGUACAUUGUGGGAUCGAGAAUGGGAUGGACUGGCAAUGUCAAUUACACUAAUUGGGCUAAGGACAAACAUUUCUACAACGGCGACUGGCUUUAUUUUGUCUAUGACAGGAACCAGGCGAGUGUGCUUGAGCUAAACAAGACCAACUACGAGAACUGCAUUACAGAUCAUCCUCUCCACAAUUACACCACUGGAGCAGGAAGGGACGUGGUUCCACUUAAUGUGACGAAGACCUACUAUUUCGCUAGUAGUGGAGGAUUCUGCUACGGAGGCAUGAAAGUGGCUAUUCAUGUGGAAAAAGCACCUCCACCACCAAAAGCCGCUCAAGUACGCAGCGGUUCAACAAAUGUGCUCACCUCUUUUACAGGGCAAAUACUGGUACCAGCUCUUUUUGCAACUUCUGCUGUGUGGAAUGCAUUUCUUCGACUCUGGUAGGAGGAUGGUCAAUUGUCCAAAAACGUUGGAUGGUUAAGACAAUUAGUUAAACUAAAGUGUCAAGAAAGUGUUUUAGUUUUGUCUUGCGUGUGUUUGUAUUUUCUUUUUUCUUGAAAGUUACCAUUUUUCUUUUCGCUACUGCCAUCAUCAUUUGACCUGAAAAUCAAUUUUUUAUUUCAGAUCAAAUUGGUGGGGUUCAUUUGAAAAAUUUGUUUAUUUAUGUUUUACCUAAACAACUGUACCAAAUAUUUCUUCGGAGAAAUUGAUUGCGUGGAUCACGGAGGUCUUUCAUGUUACUGGUUUUGAAUGAAUGCAUUGGUCUCUUAAUC